UCGAUGAAAAAUGCUCAUCCACGUUGUUGUGAGAUGAAGUUGGAGCCCCCUGCGUAAACGCAGAAUAACCGAUGACACAGCUUAGCAACUUUUGACACUGAUCAUCGUUUUUUUUUUUUGCUUUCUUUCUUCUUCUUUUUCGAGACUUGCUGUAGAAAUAGGUGUGUAGCCUGUGUGUGUAGCUGUUUCAUGACGGAAACGAUGGCGCUGAGUGGUAACUGUAGGACUAACCCCAAAGAGCAAGCAUCAGUUCAGAACAGUUUCCCAGAUGUGGUUGAAUUAAACGUAGGGGGGCAGGUUUACUACACGCGUCACUCAACUUUGGUGAGCACCCCGAGUUCAUUACUCGGUAAGCUAUUCUCUUCUAAAAAAGACGCAUCUAAUGAUUUGGCGAGAGACCCGAAGGGCCGGUAUUUCAUCGACAGAGACGGGUUUUUGUUCCGGUAUGUGUUGGACUACCUCCGAGACAAGCAAGUCGUCCUCCCGGAUCACUUCCCGGAGAAAGGGAGGCUCAGGAAAGAGGCGGAAUACUUCCAGCUGCCCGAUUUAGUGAAGCUCCUGACCCCAGAUGAUCUGAAGCACAGCCCGGACGACUACUUCCACAGCGACUAUGAAGACGGGUCCCAGGGCAGCGACCACCGGCAGUGUCCGCCGCCGUCCCUCGUCCCCGCGGACAGAAAGAGCGGCUUCAUCACGGUGGGAUACCGGGGGUCGUGCACCAUGGGCCGAGAGAGUCAGACCGACGCAAAGUUCAGGAGGGUACCUCGGAUACUGAUUUGCGGGCGGGUGGCCCUCGCCAAAGAAGUUUUCGAGGAGACCCUGAACGAGAGCCGGGACCCGGACAGGACCCCGGAUCGUUACACCUCUCGGUUUUACCUCAAGUUCAAGCACCUGGAGAGGGCUUUUGACAUGCUGUCGGAGUGUGGUUUCCAAAUGGUGGCCUGCAACUCGUCGGUCACAGCCUCGUUUGUCAACCAGCACACAGAGGACAAGAUCUGGUCCAGCUACACAGAAUACGUAUUCUACCGUGGUCCGUCACGUUGGUCCUCCCCUCCAUGUGACUGCUGCUGCAAGAACCACAAGGGCGAUGGCGAGGGCGAGAGUGGCACCUCCUUCAACGAGCUCUCCACCUCCAGCUCUGAGAGCCAGUCAGAAGCCAGCUCUCCCCAGGGAACUGUCAUCUGUGGCCCGGUCAGCCGCCAAUCACACACCCACGCCAAUGUCCACACCCUGGACAGGCCAUUGAAAAAGGGCGCCAUCGCAAUGGUCCAGCAGUCUGAACAGCGGCGGAAAAGUGACCUGCUGCGCACGCUUACAGCGAGCUCCCGCGACACCAGCACCUGCAAGAAAAGACCGGCGAAAGAGAAGCUGACGGUUGAGGAGGAGCUGGAAAAGUGCAUUCAAGACUUCCGCAAGAUCAAGAUCCCAGAGAGGUUCCCUGAGAGGAAGUACAUGUGGCAGGCCGACCUGCUGAGAAAAUACCGCCUUUGAGCCAGGAAACAGGACAGAGAGAGCAGACACACGAGGCCAAGGAUCAGUUUACAUGUUUUUUGAUCAUGACUUUUGCAACAAAAGAGAGAUAACACUAAACUCAUUUGAGUCCAGUUUAUAGGGGGAAACUUCACCUUUAUGCCAUGUAGGUUGAGAGUCUACACAGAAGCUAGUAAGAAGCAUACAAACCAGACUCUUCUCUUAUGACAUAUGUAGUAUGUAUGUGUGUGUAUGUAGUUUAGGCCUACUGUAUGUACUGUAAGUAUGUGCUGUACCUUGCUGAAUGCUUCAGAUCUUUGAAUAAUGUAUCCCUGAGGACCAGUCCAGGUGGACAAAAGACAUCCUCUGUGAACUCAUCAACCAACCGAAAGACUGCUAAUGGCUACACUGGGGGUUACUGAGGGUUACUGGACUGCACACACUGUCAUCUGUCAUCAUUUCACUGAAAAACCACAAAGACAAACACUGAUUUAGUAUGUGAAUGUGUGUGUCUGUGUGUGUGUUUGCACCCAGGUGGCCUAGAGGUCACAGAUAAAUCUGCAUCAGGACCCAUUAAUAAUUCAUGCUGUCCCGACAGUGCUCUCACUAUAAAUACACCUAGAGCUCUCUGCUGCCAGGGUGGCAUAAACAGCCAGGUCGAUUACUUAACUUUUAGGAAACAUUUGGGGACUUCUGAAGCAGGAGGAGGUACAAUUUCAUCAAAACCACAAUUAAUUUUCUUCUGGUAAUAUCAGUUAUAUUGUAAACGUAUCCCAAGUGAAUCUAACUGCCCUGCAUUGCAUUGAUUUUUAUCGUGUUGGCUAGAUGUGGAGCACUACCCAGGUUACUCUGUGAAGGAAAAGAGUGAUUUGAUAGUCAGACCAUGAGGAAAUACAGAGCUUCAAUAAAGAAAAGUCCACAUUUAACACACCUUCACACACACUUAUAAUGGGAGAUUUUGCCAAUUGCUUUAAUAGAAUGAACAGAACAUGUCACAUGUAAAUAAUCAUUCCCACAUACAAUCACACAGAAGAAUCAAUCUUGAGGUUAUUUAAAUUAUGCUCAAUUUAACACCUACUGUCAACACAUACAGACCUUUUGCUACUUAAGUUAACCCUGUCAACACAUAGAUUGAUGCUUUCUACCCUGACUGUUGACAUAGUAAUCAAUAAUUAUUGGUCUGGUGAUAGAGCUGAUAGACGUGGUUCUUGUUUA